AUGGAUGCAACACAUCAAAUGCUGCAGAAUGCCACUGUUGUCACUGAAUUUAUACUUCUGGGACUCUCCAGCAACCCUGAAACCCAGCUCAUUCUUUUUGGUCUCUUUCUGCUCAUCUACUUGGUGGUCCUGAUUGGGAACACCCUUCUUCUUCUCAUCAUCAGUUCCAGCAAGAGACUCCACAAACCCAUGUACUUCUUCCUGGGGAAUCUCUCUGUGGUAGACAUUGGGUAUACAACUUCCACUGUCCCCAAGAUGCUGAUGAAUUACUUCUCCCAGGACAAGGCUAUCUCCAUAGCUGGUUGCUUCUCCCAGAUGUACUUCUUCAUCUCUUUUGGCGGCAUUGAAUGCCUCCUGCUGGGUGUCAUGGCAUACGACAGAUAUGCUGCCAUUUGCCACCCAUUGCAUUACAGCGUGCUCAUGAGACCCAAAGUUUGUGUCAGGUUAGCGGCCGCUGCUUGGAUCUUAGGCUUGGCUAACUCGGGUGUGCACAGUGGCAUGAUGUCUCUUUUGUCCUUCUGUCGGGACAAUGUCAUCCAGCACUUUUUCUGUGACAUCCCACCCCUUUUCAAGCUCUCUUGUUCUGACACCCAGGCCAAUCAAAUUGCUACCUUUGUGGUGGGCGGAGGGGUAAUCAUGGGUUCCUUUCUGGCUACCCUGGUGUCUUACAUCUACAUCAUCUCGGCCAUCCUCAGGAUCCGCACCAAAGAGGGGCGUCUCAAGGCUUUCUCGACCUGUGCUUCUCACCUCACUGUAGUCAGCAUCUACUUUGGCACCAUAAUCUUCACAUACAUUAAGCCCAACUCCACAUAUUCCCAGGAGCAGGACCGAGCCUUGCCUGUUCUGUAUGGGAUCCUUGUACCUAUGCUUAAUCCAAUCAUAUACAGUUUAAGGAACAAGGAUGUGAAAGGGACACUUUGGAAAGCCAUGGGUAGGGCUUGA